AUGGCUUUAGCAGACGUUAACGCAUAUCCGAACCUUCUGCAUGGAUACAACCUCACAUACGAGUACAUAGACACCAUGUGUUCUCGCGGUAUUUGCGUCUAUAGGACAUUCAAGGCCCUCAACGAAUAUCCGAGCUACAUGAUGCUCCUAGGAGGAGGGUGUUCGCCAUGCACGGAGUCGACGGCAGAGGCUUCACAUUACUACAAUAUCACCCAGCUUAGUUACGCGUCCACAUCACCAAUCCUUUCGGACCGCGCUCGGUUCAAACGACUCUUUCGCUUGGGGGCCCCGGACCAGUCCAUGAAUCCUACCCGCGUCAAUCUUCUGGGGGCCUUCAACUGGCACCGAGUUGCCAUAAUACACGAGGCUCUGGAGUUCUUUUCUGUUUCAAUGAACGAGCUAGUGGUGGCCCUUAAGGAAGCUGAUAUAGACAUAAUCUCUCAAGAAGUCUUCAUCCAAGAUCCUUUCGAAAGACUGAAAAAUAUCAAGGCGUACAAGCUAGGCAUGUAUGGAAAGAAGAUCGUGUGGAUAUUCCCCGGAUGGCACUCCGAGAACUUCUGGCAAUCUCGACUGGAUGACAUCGGCUGCACUGCGGAACAAAUGAAUGCCGCCGUAGAGGGCUCUUUCCUGACAAGCGCUAUUUUCUACAACCCUAUAGAGGAGAGAGGAAUUGCAAAUAUAACAAGUUUCGAAUUCAAAAGUCGGUUUUCAACGCAUCCGUCAUACAACCCCGCCACAAGGGACUACGACUUUGUGUCUGGACAGUGCUAUGAUCAUAUCUGGCUCUGUGCGUUGGCUCUUAACUGCACAAUCACUGCAUUGGAAAGCAUGGGUGGAAAGCGAGUACUGGUGGCCUACUUCCGACAGGAUCUCGCCCCUGCUUCUUACUUUGAGUGGAUUGAGGGUGCACUCGUCUGGAAAGACAAUAUUAUCCCACGAGACUCGACUCAUUUCGUGAACGAAGAGCAAGUCCUCCCUCCGUACAUUUACAUCACAAUGUGCUGCCUGGCCGGGAUCGGAAUGAUGUUUACUCUCGUCUGCUUCAUCUUUAACAUCAUUUACAGGAACAACAAGAUUGUAAAACUGUCCUCACCAAACAUCAACAACGUGCUUCUUCUAGGCUGCUUCAUGUGUUACGCGACUGUAUUCAUCAAAACAACGGAAACUGACAACGCAGCUGUCUGCGAGGCACGAGUUUUCUGUUUCUGUCUGGGUUUCACCCUAACGUUUGGUUCCUUGUUCUCCAAAACAUGGAGAGUGUACAGAAUCUUCACAAACAAGAAACUACUAAGGAUGACAAUUAAAGACUACCAACUGCUGCUGAUCAUUGGUAUAGUAGUGGCUGUGGUACAUGACACGAUCAAUGAUGUGGUGGUUCAUCAAUACAUGCGCGUCUGUUUCUCGCCCGAAUCCAGAUACUUCAAUUGGACUUUGUACCUCAUUGAGGGCGCUCUUCUAGCCUUCGGUGCCUUUCUGGCCUGGGAAACAAGACACGUCAAAAUCGAAGCCCUGAACGACUCCCACCAGAUCGGCCUCUGUCUGUACAACGUCGUGAUUCUUAGCGGUGUCGGCCUAACUCUCUCCCUGCUGCUUGAUGGUCAGGUGGUUCUGCUUUAUGGCGUCACUUCUGGGUGUCUCAUCAUAGGCACCUUUGUCACAGAGAUUGUGGUCUUCUUUCCAAAGGUAAAGGCUGUGUACACUAAAGUUGACUCAGUGCCAGGAAAUGUCUUUCCUGGUCCCAGUUCUACUACCAUGGCGGGCUCGAUGAUGCAAAGAAAACAGACUAUUGCAUCUACAAAACUUGACAUUUAA